AUGCCAACAUCUUACAGUGAAAAUGAGUGGUUUCAUAGUGAAAAUGAGUGGAAAAAGUGGCUUGAAAUAACCGAAGUUCGACUUUUGCCUGCACUACGGGAAAAAAAGUGGGGAUUCCGCUGGGGAUUCAGCUGGAGAUUCAGCUUGAGAUUGAGCUGGCGAUUCUCGCGAAUCGCAGUGGAAUCUCUAGUUCCCUUUUAA